GCUUCUCUCUAACUUAUAUUUUUUGAUUGUGUGUCUGAAACUGAUUAAACACAGUGUGUGUGGGAACACCCAUGAAAACUAAAAACUUAUCAGCAAUGAGGCUCUUCAAGACCAGGAAUGAGAAAGCUGCUUUAUAGAUACGCCUGUUUUACACGUCACUCAAACACAGAACCAAAACAAGAAUCACAUGACUUCAGAGAAACUGAAACUGAAGUGUAGUUGAGCAGUUGUGUGUUUGUGUCUCUGUAUUCAUGCAGUGAAAUGGCAGAGGCCAGAUUUUCUCAGGAUGAGUUCAUGUGUCCAGUGUGUCUGGAUCUCCUGAAGGAUCCAGUGACCACUUCCUGUGGACACAGUUACUGUAAGAUCUGUAUUACAGGCUGCUGGGAUCAGGAGGAUGAGAAGAGAGUCUACAGCUGUCCUCAGUGCAGUCAGACCUUCAGUCCAAGACCUGCUUUAGCUAAAAACACCAUUCUGGCUGAAAUGGUGGAGAAACUGAAGAAGAUUAAACUUCCUGCUGACUGUUACGCUGGAGCUGGAGAUGUGCAGUGUGAUGUCUGUACUGGAAGAAAACACAAAGCCGUCAAGUCCUGUCUAGUGUGUCUGAACACUUACUGUCAGAAUCACCUUGAACAACAUGAGACCUUCUUUAAAGGAAAGAGACACAAUCUUACUGAUGCCACUGGACGACUGCAGGAGAUGAUCUGCCAGAAACACAACAGGAUCCUUGAGGUUUUCUGCCGCACUGAUCAGAAGUGUAUAUGUCUGCUGUGUAUGUAUGAACAUAAAAACCACGACACUGUAUCAGCUGCAGCACAGAGGACAGAGAAACAGCACCAGCUGGAGGAGACGCAGAGGUGGUUCCAGCAGAGGAUCCAGCAGAGAGAGAAAGAUCUUCAGCAGCUGAGAGAGGCUGUGGAGUCUCAUAAGCGCUCUGCACAGACAGCAGUGGAGGACAGUGAGAGGAUCUUCACUGAGCUCAUCCGCUCCAUUGAGAGAAGCCGCUCUGAGGCCACACAGCGGAUCAGAGAUCAGGAAAAGACUGCAGUGAGUCGAGCUGAAGGACGACUGGAGCGACUGGAGCAGGAGAUCAAUGAUCUGAGGAGGAGAGACGCUGAGCUGGAGCAGCUUUCACACACACAGGAUCACAUCCAUUUCCUGCAGAGUUUCCAGUCUCUCUCAGUUCCUCCUGAAUCUACAGACGUAAAUGACGAUCCCUUCAGUUCUCUCUUCUCUUUUGCUGUUGUGAGAGAAUCUGUCCUUCAGCUGAGAGACAAACUGGAGGAUUUCUGCAAAGAGGAGCUGAAGAAGAUCUCUGACAGAGUCACUUUCACCAACAUUGUUCCCAGAACCAGGAACGACUUCCUACUAUAUUCUCAUCAGCUCAAUCUGGAUCUGAACACAGUUCAUAAACACCUCCGUCUGUCUGAGGGGAACAGAGUGAUUACAUUCACUAACACAGUCCAGCCGUAUCCUGAUCAUCCAGACAGAUUUGAUGUGUUUUUUCAGGUGUUGUGUAGAGAGAGUGUGUGUGGACGCUGUUACUGGGAGAUUGAGAGGAGUGGAGAAUAUGUGUAUAUAUCAGUGUCAUAUAAGAGCAUCAGCAGGAAGGGACGGGGUAAAGUGUGUGUGUUUGGACGUAAUGAUCAGUCCUGGAGUUUGUUCUGCUCUUCCUCCAGUUACUCAUUCAAUCACAAUAACAUAGUGACUGAACUCCCAGUAAAGUCCAUCAGCAGGAGAAUAGGAGUGUAUGUGGAUCACAGUGCAGGAACUCUGUCCUUCUACAGCGUCUCUGGAGACACAGUGAGCCUCAUCCACACAGUCCAGACCACAUUCACUCAACCGCUCUAUCCUGGGUUUAAUGCUUGUUCUGGAUCAGUGAAACUGUGUUGAUGAAUCAGAAUAGACUGUAGAGAGAUUCUACCCAUAAUGCUUUGAGCUCAUGAUGAAUCAGUAACUGUGAGAUGUUAUAAAGUCUCUUAUUUUCUCUUCAUUACAUUAAUACUACAGCUGAACUUCUGUCAGUGAAAUAACAUGAAGAAUAAAUGUGUGUAAUGAAUCCUCAGAUAGACAGUGAGAUCAGUGUGUGUGUGUGUGUGUGUUUCUCAAACUCUAUUUGUGUUGAAGGAAAUCAGUCAUUCAUUUCUUAUUGUAGUGUCACAUGAAUCAUUUUUAUUAUUACUACUAAAAUGACCUUUUAAUUGAAAUGAUCACACAUUCAUUAAAAUGUUAUUAAAAUUUAAAAAAAUGUAAUUUGCUGUAAAAUUGAUAAAUGUCAGUUUAUUAAUUAAUGUACAAUAUAUUAAAAGGUGUGUAUUUUCA